UAGGGUUAUAAAUAGGGGCCUGAGUGGGAGUCCCAGACACCAGUCCCUGGAAGGAGAUUCCUCUGACACCUGUGGGCAGCCUCCACUCGCAGUAACAAUGGGGAAAAUGGGUUUCUCUCUGGUCCUUGCCCUGUUUCUGGUGACCAUUGGUGCCUCUUCAGAGAGAAAGUGCAUCCUGACUGGAGACUGGAAGAAUGACCUGGGCUCUAACAUGACCAUCUCUGCCGUGAACGAGGCCGGGCAGUUCUCUGGGUUGUACCUAACAGCAGUGUCAGCCACAGAAAAACCGAUCGUCGAGUCGCCCCUGACGGGAUCCCAGCAUGUCGACAACCUGGAGCAGCCAACCUUCGGGUUCACCGUCAAAUGGAGCUUCUCAGACUCGACGACCGUCUUCGUGGGCCAGUGCUUCAUGGAUGAUCAGGGGAAGGAAACUCUGCAGACCAUGUGGCUGCUGCGAGUGAAGGCCAAAUCCAUGGGUGAUAACUGGAAUGCAACCAUGGUCGGCACAAAUGUUUUCACUCGGAAACUCGAGGAGCAGAACUUGGGCGAAUCCGUGAGGAGUGACCUGUGACCAGUGAUCCCAGCAGCACCGUGACCACACUCUGCAGCCCCAGGGCUCCGGGCCCCCCGUCCGGGAUUGUCCUGGGCUCUCUCGAGAGCGUCUCGCCCGGCCUCAGGGCUGUUUGCUGGGCUGCAGAGGCUCCCGUCUCUGUCUCCACCUCCCCCUCGCUCUCCGGUGACCCCUCCAGAAUCGCUGUCCACGCUCCCCCAUGCUGCAGUUUAGUUCCUUUCCCAUAAAGCUCUAGCGCGGGAGGCAAA